AUGUCUGUUGAUUAUGACUACUUCCCACAGCACGUAGAUGAAUGGUGCAAUGAUGGCAAUUUCAUUAAUUGUAGGACACCGAUGCAGAUUUCAAAUAUUUUAGACAAAUGUAGUUUGACUUCAAAACAAUUCACACAAUUAUUUUCUUUGAUACAGGAAUUUUAUAAUAUUGAAGAUACGUUGAAAAUAAUGCAGCAUGUACACUUUUCAACCAAAAAUGAUCUAAAAGAAUCAUGUUCAGUCAUUAAUUGCAUAUCAGAAUUAUUCAAUAUUCCAUUCCUAAAAGAAAUUAGCAGCGAUAUCACAUAUAUACACAAGUUUGAUCUUCGUCGUGCAACACAAAAAACUAAAGAACCACAAAAGGUCCCUACAACCGAUGCAAACAUAAAGCUAUUAAAUAGUAUAGACAAAUUAAUGGACAAUUUUUUAAUUAUUUAUAAAGUACUUGUAAAAGCAGCUAAUGAAGAUGACGAGUACACUAUCAAAUAUGCAGUUGAUGAAAAAUAUUCUGAUGUUAGAGGUAACAAACUUUUUAUUGAUCAACUUUUUUAUGCAGUAUUUAAUAAAAAUCAUAAGCUUGCGAAUUUACUUAUAAAAUAUGGUGCAAGUGUCACAACUCGUUCAAAAGAUAAUGAUUCGUUACUUCAUCUAUAUGCUUUAUAUGACGAUGUUGAUGGCAUAAGAAUUUGUCUCAAAUACAUAGAUGUCAAUACUCAAGAUGGUAUGGGAAAUACUCCACUUCAUUACUGCAUAUCACCUGGUAGCGUCAAAGCUUUGAAUUUCCUUCUCUCACAACCAGGCAUAAAUCCAAAUAUCAAGAAUAGUGUUGGCUCGUCUCCCCUAUCAAUGGCAAUUAAAAUGGAGAAAGAUGAGAUUACAGAAAUCCUUAUGGACAACCCUAAAGUUGAUACGAAUAUUUAA